AUGACGAGCUACUCUCGUACUAACAUACACGAUGCUGCCGCCUCUCUAGAGCCUCAGAUGGACUACAUCUGCAAGGUCAGCGGCGCGACUGGACUUUCGUUAUCCGUUCUUUCCGGUGGAAACCAAGCGUACGCCAAACAUUACGGCUUCCGAGACGUUGCAGGUCAGAAUACCCCGGAUGGAGAUACAACGUACUUCAUCGGCUCUGUGACCAAAGGAAUGGUGGCAGUCCUCGUGGGCAUGCUGGUUGAGGAAGGGAAGCUCGGGUGGUCGACUCGCGUCGCCUCAGUAUUGCUCGAGCUCCAAGAUGCAUUCGAGGGCCGCGGCUCGCAGAUCACUAUCGCUGAUCUCUUAUCCCAUCGCACUGGAGUGGCGCGUAGCGACGCCAUCUGGAUUUCUCGGGCCGGGAAUAUCCUGCUCCCAAAGUCAGAGGGUAUACGGACCUGGGCUGCUCAACCUGUCGUUAGAGAUUUCAGGACUGACUUUCUCUACAAUAACUACACCUACGACGUGGUUGGCCGAAUCAUUGAGAUAAUUGAGCAGAAAAGUCUCGAGGAUAUUUUCAAGGAGAGGAUAUGGGAGCCGCUGGGCAUGCAUCGCACGUCUAUGGAGGACCUUGCUGGGAAUGCCAACACAGCAAAGGCUUAUUACGCCCUGGAAGAUGCCUCUUCUUAUGAAGUUCCAAUUCCUACCAUAUCCCACAAAACCAUCAUGGGAGCUGGUGGGGCCAUUCGGAGCUGCACAAAUGAUCUGGCCAUAUACUAUAGCAGCUUUAUGAAAGCAGUCAAUUAUCAGUUCAACAACAAAACGACCUCAACCCCAAACUCGCCAUUCAAGCAGCUGACUACAAUUCUCCGACCUCACAAUCAGCUUGGCGUCAUCUCUUUGCGCGAGCAGUCUUAUGCGCUGGGCUGGGGGCGUGCACAGCUCCCCUGUUCGUUAGGCACUCUCAAUUACAACUAUCUGCUUAUUCCCUCAAUGCCAGUAAUUGGGCAAGGAGCUCCAAGUCAGCUCACUCUGUAUCAUGGAGGAAGCAUUCAAGGAUUCAACACAGCUGUUUACCUCUUACCCGAAACCGAGACGGCCAUCAUCGCAAUACAGAACUCGUCGGGUCUGGGCGAUGCAUGCGAUUGGAUUCCUCAGAUGAUCAUGCAUAAGCUGUCAGGCAGUACUGAGAGAAUCGACUUUCUGCAUCUUGCUACUGUGGCUGCGAGAGCGGCCCUAUCUCUACCAGAGAAGAUUGAUGAGGAACUUGAAACGAGACGAGAAAGAGGCACCAGGCAUUUGGACCUCAACGCAUAUACAGGUUGCUACUAG